UUGCAUCUCCCUUUUCUCUCUCCUCCAAACGGGGCCCAACCAAAGAAGACUGAAUAAAGAACUCAAAGGUUCCAGCUUCUAACAAAACGCGUCGAAGCAUCCAGGUUGCCAAUCACCUGAUUCAUCUCUCCCCCUCUCUCUAAAUAUAUAGUAUAUGAAUCAAAUUCCUUUCUUCUCUCUCCCCACUGACACCCAACGAAGCAAAUCACAAACCCCAGACUUAGCUAACCAAGAUCCCAAUCACCCCCCUACCCCCUCCUCUCGCUCUCUCUAAAACCACAUUCUCUUUCUCUCUAACCCAAUGUCUUCUCCUCCGGGAUGUCCCCCAAACUCCUUCCGCUACAACACCACUCUCUGCGCCUGCAAUCCAGGGUAUGUCUACAACGCCACAGCCAAGAGCUGCGCUCUGUUCCAAGUCUUUGGCGACGAGGUGGAGUUGAAUUCGGGCAUAGACUACUCCUUGAACUUGCCCCAAACCAUCUUCUCCUUCGAUUCGAUUAAGAAGUUCACCCAAUCGCAGGCCGUGUUCCUCGAGGCCACGUUCGUGAUGCUACUAUCUUGGCUUUUCUUCUGCUUCUUCGUUCGAUUCGGAAAACUCGGUGAUGGUCGCAACAUCUGGUUCCGGAUCCGCUGGUGGAUUAGCCGCUUGGAUAUUGCUUUUGCCACCCGCCAUUGGCUUGAGGACCAGAAGGUAGUUAUGAAGCGGAAAACAGAACUUGGUGGAACUUUCUCAAUAGCAAGUUGGAUACUUUUUAUUGGUUUAUUUGCUGCGUUGCUAUACCAAAUUUUAUCAAAGAGAAACGUUGAGGUGCAUAAUGUGAGGGCAACAAAUGGACCUGAUUUAGCCUCCUUCAUGAAUGACAUGGAAUUUAAUAUAACCACCAUUUCUAGUAUGAGCUGUUCACAUUUAAGGGGUCUUGGUACAUUAGUUACUGGGGAUGCAGGCUUCAUUGACCGUAGAGUUGCUCCUCUGUCAACCUUUGCUAACUUUUCAUGUCAGAAUACUACCAAGGGGCCAACCAUAAGUUUUAAGUGCAACAAUUGUCAGCUCAUUCGAGACUAUGCCUAUAUUUCUUGGCAAUUUGUUGAUCUUCCAAAUGAUCCUGCAACUGCUGUUGGAUUUCAGUUCAACCUCACUGCAAAGAACCAUGCCAAUCGAAAACAUUUAAGCUCUGUCAGUGGAAUAUUGAAGAAUGGAAGCAAUCAAAAUGAUAGACCAAUUACAUUCAGAGGGCCGGACCCAAAUAUAUUAAAAUAUAAUUUAUUUCCCAGAAUUUACCGUAAUUUACAUGAUCUAAAGCUCAUCCAACCUUUGUUUCAAGAGUUUCAUCCGGGCUCAUCUUUUAGUGAGAUUGGUGAGCUCCAAGCCUCCCUUCAAAGAUCCAACAAUGGAAUAGUCAAUACCACAUUAUAUCUCAAUUUUCUCUCUGCCUAUAUUAUUGAGAUUGACAAUCAAAGUAUUUUGGGGCCCGUGAGCUUCCUUGCGGAUCUUGGUGGCCUUUAUUGCAUUAGUAUUGGGAUUUUUUUCUACUUCUUGGUGCAAUGUGAGUACAGAAUCAAGAAGCUCCGUAAUGAGGAUAGUGUUAUGCGGCAGAUUAGAAAUCGUCGAAAAGCUCAAGAUCACUGGGACAAAUUGCGUAAAUAUGUAGAGUACACGUGGGGUCGUAGCACAUUGGAUGACAAUGACAACAUAGAGGCAUGUUGCACUGGUGCCGGUAUUGGAUCAUUUCAUAAGAAUGGAUCGUUGCGUAAACAAAAGCAACCAAACAGAAAGGUUUCUCUCAGUUUUAACAGAAAGGUCAACUUAACUAGUGAGAAGGCAGCCACUCCAGAGUGCAUCAAUACGCAUGGGGUUGAAUCUUGUUCGACUAAAUUUGCGUCAAACCAGGGAGCGAAAAAAGUUCUGGAAAGUGAAGCGUUUGGGGCUGUAAAAGAUGGAAAACACAUACAUUCUAUUGGUCUGCCUGAGAGAGAUGUCUCAGAGUCUCAAGCAUAUUCUACUGCUGAUAAUUGUACCUUUCCUCCACCACCUCCGUUAGGUAACUCUAAUCUUCAAAGUUUGGACUGUCAUUUAUGUGUACUGUUCAAGAGUUUUCCUGUGGAGUCCGAUCUUGCGGGUGUUGGAAUUUCAAACCAGAAGUCCCGGCAGAAUGGACGGCCAUCUUGA